AUGAUUUAAUUAUCAUCAAAUAUCGCUCACAUAAAGCCUUCACCGCUGCCAACAAACUACACUAAACACCUCUCUCUCUUUUUUUCUCUCUCUCACAAAUCUUUCAAUUUCAGUUCAAGUGGUUUUCAUCAAAUCGUAGCAGUCUGUGCUAUCACAGUAGUUGUGUAUCGAUGUUGAAGUUCUGAUUCGUCGAAGAAGCAGCUUGUUUUCUGCUAUUGAUAAUUUGCCCCAAAUCAGGCUCUCUAGUCUUCUUCUCAGGAUCUCUUCAAUGCACUUCCCCCUUAGGUUUUGUGAUUGUGUAAUUUGAUUGCUAUUUUGGUCAAUCUCUGCGUUGACUUUUUCUGAAGUAAUCGGUUGAAUUUCCUGGGGUUUGAUUUGAUUUGAUUUGAUUUGAGUUGAGUGAGGGUGAUGAAUGUUGGGAUCGAUGUGUGUGAAUUGAAAUUUGGUGAGGUUUAGAUUUGUUGCUGGAUAUGAGUAAUAAUGGUGUGAAGAUAGAGGUGAGCAAUAGCUUGGAGUCUCCAAAGGUAGUUAUGAUUGAGGAGAGUGAUGAGUCUAAGGCAUUGUUGCCUUCCAGCAACGGUGGAUUGGCGAACAAGUCGGAUAAACCUAAGAGGAAAGUUCAUUGGAUGGAUAACAAUGGAGAUAAGCUUGCAGAAAUCUUGGAAUUUCAACCUAGUGACGUGAGCGACUCAGAAGAGGACGAAUCAGAUUCUUGCAUCUGUAGGAUAAUGUAGACCGGAUCCAUUAGAUCGACUGCCAGUAACUUUCUGGUGGUGUUGUGAGACAUCAGUUUUUUUCCAGUGGAGAACUGAUCUUCCCCUGGAUCGCAGACAUACUACUAAAACGGAAUCCUGCCUCAUUCUCUCACAAUUUUCUUGAAGUAUACGGGUAACCAAAGGAAGACACCGGGUUCAUGGUUUCGGGAAUCUCAUGACUAUUGGUAUAUUAUCUCAGUUUUCUCAUCUGGACAGCAUAUUACUAUUAGCAUAGUGUGUGCAUUCUAUUCUAGAGACAUAUGAUUGCUUGUCAUUAUAUAGUGAAGUUAUAGGAGAUUCCAUUUGCUUCCUGGUUCCCACCUCUGUACAAAUUAACAGUUUUGUGUAUCUGGCUGAUUUCUUGAGCAAUAUAUAUUUGGAUUUUCGUCA